AGAUAACAUAAUUAUAAAAAGACGAUUUGGUCCUUGGCGCUUGAAGAAAAUAGGUUUGAAGCACUUCCUUGAAUAUGUUUACGUUUUGUCGAGUUCAGUUGGUUGUUUGGUUUUUGUUUGAGUGUCCUUUUUAUCAUCUAUCGAAGUCAGGUUGAGUUGAGUCGAGAAAGAAAAGAGAUGCUUGGGUCCACGGACGGGGGAAAGGCAGUAAAUAGAGGGUGCGAGCGAGAGGAUGAUAGAGGAGAGCGGGACAGGCGACGAGCCAGCAGCAGCAGCAUAGCAGAAAUUUGAACUUGUGAGUCAGGCUUUCGGUCGUAUCUUACUUGUUAUAUGUUUACUACGCAUGUACGGUGUUACGGGGCAAGUGAGGUAAGGGGUUCUGUGAUGUCUGCGUUCGCCUUUGCUAGUUCUGUGGGUGUUAGUAAAAUAAUGUUGUGAUUCGAUUGAAUUAAAAGUUAGGUAAUAGAAAAGGAAAACAUCCACCUUGUGCACAAAAUCCCGGUAUCAGAUGGACAUAUUUAAUGGAUUAAAGGCACGUUCGUCAGUUUCCUUGUGACAUCAAAAUGUUUAUUUACUAUCAUCUACUAUAAUAACAUUCCAUUCAUAAGUAGUAUUUAUUUAUUACUCAUUGUGGACGAAUGCAAGUCCAGGAGAAGUAUAUCCAUAUGACUCUCAAAGCAUAGGCUAAAAUGAGCAAUAUUAACCAAUACAUCUCUAAAAUUUUCUAAAAUGACACAUCUCAAAGAAAACAAGAAUAAACCAUUUAGGACGUAUUCAUAGACAACAACUUAAAGACAACACAUAAAACCCAUAAAAGAUGGAUAUGGUGGUGCGUAAGCUGCCAAAAAAACGAAAAUUUGAUCCUUCCGAACUGGAAGAGAACACCAUCACCACAACAAAUCUACCUGCUACAGCGGCAGUAUGCAUUCCUGUAUCAGUUGUGCAAAGUAUUACUUCAGCUCCACCACAAUCUACAGCUGUGGACUAUUCGUGCCCCCAAAGGUUAAUGCAGGAUGAAGUAAAUUACAAGCAAAAUCAAAGGCAAAACCUUUGCGAUUUAAGUGAGUGGUGUGAUCAUCGAGUGCUUGCUCGCCAAGGUGACUGUUACUACCCUGGUGUCAUCAGAAAGGCCACCAACAGCAAUAUUAUGGUGGAACUGGACGGUAAAGAGUCGAAAUGCGUGUAUUUUUCGAACGUAUUUGACAAAGAUUGGUGCAAUGUGAUAGGAGAUGCAGCUCCAUCGGUAAACCAAAUAAGCACAGCAACUAGAGUGUGUGUGCGGCAUAAUCAGAGCAUGUUUAUUGAAGGAGUAGUAUGUAGUAUAUUAGAGGGGCAACCUGUUAGAUUUACUGUAGCUUUAAUUCCGCGCGGGGACGAGAUAACGGUGAAAAGAUCGGAUUUAAGACUGUUAAGGCCCCCGUGGUGGGACGAGCUGGCCAACAUUGAGCCCCAAAUGGAAAUGCUAUCGCAAAACGCAGAUUAUUACAGGCACGGACCCUCGCCCACUCAAAUAACAACUACGCCGGUUUCUGUGUGUACCCCAGUGCCCAACGGAAGGGUUUACGAUGAAUUCGGAGAGAGCGAGGACGAACUACGACAAGAUAUUACAUUUAGUUCCGAGAUCGAUGCCAAAUUAUCAGGAAGUAGUAAGAGGAGUAGUAUGCAUAGCAGAGGUAGUUCUUGUAGCAGUAUUACGCCGAGAUCGCAGCCGGCAACACCGCGCAGCCAGGCGGCAACGCCGCACAAAUACAAAAAGGGAGACAUCAUAACGACCCCCAAUGGUAUUAGUAAGAAGUUCAACGGGAAACAAUGGCGGCGUUUGUGUUCGGCCGGGUGUAAAAAGGAGAGCCAGAGGAGAGGCUACUGCUCGCGACACUUGAAUUUGAAAGGUAAUGUGCUGCGCACGGGACCAAACCCGCGCUCCAACAGUAAAGGAGAAGGGGAAGAUACAUCCAGAGACUCGGAGACCUCUCCGGGUUGCGGAGAUAGGAGAAUAACCGGUAGAUUUGAUCAGGAGGAAACUGAUGCGGCAAAUAUGUUAGUUUCGCUAGGUAGCUCUAGAUCGACUCCAGCAUUCUCGCCGAACGACCAGGGUUCAUCUCCUAAUAAUGCAAUUCAGUCUCCUUUAACAAUAGGUUCGAGACAGAACGUUUUUAUGCCUAUUUCUUCUCACAUGCAGAAAAGAAAUUCGCCGGGUUCCACAGGCUAUAAUCCACCAUAUCAACCAGUUAUUAGGCCUGAAUUGGUUAGGCCUGUCCAAAGUUCAACUACAAGUGUGAUCAGGGUUUCGCCGAGCCCAAUGCAAUGGAGCACCAACAAUGAUCAAGGUGUUAUUUUACAGCAAGCGUUAACAAGCCCAAACCAGUCUUUAGAAAAUGAUAAUACUCAAUAUAAUGAAGGUACAGUGUAUUGCGUAGCAACAAGCGAUAAAAACAACAUUGUGAUUGUUGAAGACAACACAUUAAAAGAAGCAAAAUCGUUCCCGCGCCAAGUCAUACAGAGCGACCAUGUGCAGACCACUCAAACUAUCCGCGUGCUUUCAAACACGAACCACAACUCCAACCACGUAAAUGUCAGCAACAAUCCCACCCAUUCCACAGGAGCUUUGGUGCAAAGCAACUCGAUAAGCACCGGUCUGCCUGUCAUUGUCCACCCGACCCAGUUAGUCCCAGUGUUACCUCCAGCCACGCAAUCGGUAGUCAAACGGGUGAUUCCCGCCACAGCUGUGCAAAACCAGCAAGUCAUCGUCAAAACCGAACAAAUCUUCAGUCUCAACCACAACAACGUCAAAAACGACAACAACGUGGUGCAGCAGCAUAACAACGCGAUCUCAAUGCAAGCACCGCAUCAUCAACGUAACAACGUUGCCGUAACACACACCACAUCCUCGACUAUCCCCUUAACAAAUCAACUAACCAACCAAAGAACGAUUGUCCCGCACAUCAAGGUACCGGCCAAUUCGCAACCCUCUCAGUCCGCUUUCGUCAUCCCCUGGCACACUCUAGUGCCAAUUUUGACGGCCAGCUCAGGGCCCGCUUCGCCGCCUUCUUCAGAGCUAUCCCCGCCACUUUCGGCGCCGCCUCCGAUCGACAUUCCCAGCGACGAAGCCGAGACCGAGGUGAUGUCGGGCCCUACUGAAGACGACGACGACGUUUUCGAAAGCGAACCGUCCACUCCCGGCUUAGACAGUAACGGCAACAACAAGCGCAGAAGUCAGUCUCUAAGCGCGCUUCCGUCGAAUAAAGAACCCAACCUGACGAAAAGCAAGGAGCGAAUCAGGCGGCCGAUGAACGCGUUCAUGAUUUUCUCGAAGCGGCACAGAGGCAUCGUUCACAAAAUGAAUCCCAACCAGGAUAACAGAACGGUGUCGAAGAUUUUGGGGGAGUGGUGGUACGCUCUGGGCUCCGACGAGAAGAAGAAAUAUCACGAGUUGGCUUCCGAAGUGAAGGAGGCCCAUUUCAAAGCCCAUCCCGAGUGGAAAUGGUGUAAUAAGGACAGGAGGAAAUCUUCGACGGGUUCUGGGAGAAGCAAGUUGAGUUCGACAGGAGACAGCGGCGAUCCUCUGGACUUACCGGCAAGUCCAAGGAUAAGUACGUCGCCGCCUCCUUUGAAUCCGGCGGAAGUAGCAAAACCGAUCGUUGAAAGCGACCCUUUCGGUUAUAUAUCGGAUGACGACCAAAUGGUGAUUUGCGAGGACCCAACAAACGAGAUCGACUUGAAGUGCAAGGAAAAAGUGACCGACUCAGAUUCUGAAUCUCAUAGCGACAUGGAGCAGUCGCACGAUGUAAAACCCUUCAGCAAGCAGCAUUUUAGUCCUGUGUUGACGCCAAGCGGCUCUGAAAUCACAUGCAAGCCGAAGCCGAUCAAGGCGAAGUUACCUUCGGCUGAAACUCCAACCUACAGUCCGGCGCCCACUUCGAACACUUUCAGUUUUCAUUGUUCCCCCGUGAAUCCUUCGGGCGUGACAGGCUUUCAGCCGACCGGUGGCGCGUUUAAAACCAUGCCGAUUUCACCGAAAGUAGUGAAAACUCCGAACGACGUAAAUACCACACACGAAACUUGGUCGACUGCUUCGAUAAUUAAAAGUGACGCGGGACCGCAGUGGGUCAACACUUCAGCAAUACAAACCAGCACUGUACCGACGAAGACCAACACGCUCAUCUUGAAAUCGCAAAUUAAAAGCAACAAUGUGAUACAAAUGAGCGAUUCUCAGCAGAAUCGGUUUCCCACGCAGCCUGUUACUGUGGUGAUAAACCCGUCGAUUUGUUUGUCGGAAAGCGAACGAUCGCAGCAAUUCGUCGUGGUCACCUCGAACCCAUCCGACUUGCACUGCCUCUACAUGCAGCCGCAAUUUCAAAUACCAGUCUCCGAUUCCAGCGUUAGUCUAGGAAGCGUGCAGAUUCUACCGAAACCGGUCACCCAGUCGGUCAUAGUGAGCCAGGCUCAAAGCAAAAUAAUCACGUCGCAGGCGCAGUACCAUACUGCGCAGAAUCAGCAAGUAGUACCGACCACGCCCAGGUCAGCAAUCAACACAGGCCUAAUAUUCCACUUGGACAAUAAUAAAGAAAUUAAGCUCGAAAAGGACGAAACCGAGCCACCUAAAGCAACCGACAAUCAGCAAACUGAAAGUCAGGAGUUCAAACUGGCCCCCACUCCAGCUCAACUUGGCAAGGCCCCAUUACAAAGAAGGCAAUCGUCAGCUGUAUUUGGUCAACAAACAAAUAACGUGUCUGUAUCGUCGGAAAAUAACUCGAUUUUACCGUCACCUGGUUGUGUUGAAGAUAACCAACAGGGCGAACUCGUGUCCCCCUCCACCAAGAAAAGCUUCUUCAAGAGGAACAAGGAAGAUGGAAUGGAUAGGGUUUUGGAGACGGUGAAUUUCGAGAAAAAGUUCUCGUCGUUGCCGCAAUACAAACCGGAAGAGUGCAAGUCGCCGAACGUGAUACCGAGCCCUGGCGGUUUGUUGUCGAACUAUUCAAAGAAGCGGCCGCCUCUAACUGCAACACAUCGAAAUUCGAUUGACGAGGAUAUGAAACCCGAUAUUGCGAAUUCUCUGCCUAAAUCCGCGUCUUCGGUUAACCCCCGAGUAGUUGGAACGCAGUUUUUCGGGCCCGACUUCAACAUCGAAAGUGUUCGAGAUAUGAGCGGAGAGGUGGGCGAGGGCGCUCUGGGUUCCCCGAGGACGCCCAGGACGCCUGGUACGUCGAGGGAGAGCGAAAAAGGGCACCGAAAAACUCUGGAGCAAAAACGGCAGCUAGUGAUGCAGCUGUUCAGCGAUCACACUUUGUUUCCGUCUGCGCAGGCCACCACGGCGUUUCAGGCGCAGCACGCCGACAUAUUUCCGAACAAGGCGAGCCUGCAGCUGAAGAUACGCGAGGUAAGGCAAAAAAUGAUGGCACAAAGUGCGCACACGCCUUCUAGCGGCAACAGCCAGAACAGUCCUCUGACUCCGGCCACCGAGCCGGUCAAAGUAUCUUCAAAUAGUUAGCUAGCGAUGUGCAAUAGCGUGUUGUCGUCUUCCUUCUCAUUAAUUAUUGUUAAAAUGACUGAAAAUAACAGUUAGUAUGAUCAUAGAUGUUUAUAACAAAAAUUAUUAUUAUUUAUUUACAUACAUAUUCUUAUACUUUGGCGUGUGGUUAUUACUCUUAACUCUCCCCUCUCUAUUAGCACCACAAACAACCCUGGAUUGUGAACGUUUUUAGUUUAUUACCACAACCCCGUAAAUACACUUAUAUACAUUUAAAAAAAUAUUCAUGUUAGUUAAAUCGUUGAAUUGUAGUGCAAUUAUCAUAAACUUAGGCGCAGUCUGUUAGUAGUACUGGAUAAUGUAAUCUGCCUAAAACUUAAUACGCAAAAUUACGUACCAUUCUGUUUGAUCAUAUUCUUUAUGUUAAUUUUUAUGGAAAAUUGUUGCUUUUGAAAAUUAUAAAAUGUGCCAUUACUGUAUAUUUUGUAAAUAAAUAAAUAAAUGAAUUCUUGUUGGCGAUAUAUGACAAAAACGUGCAAUUUAUGUGUUAAGGCUUUAAAAUCGAAUAUAAUAUACAGGGUGAAAAAACAAAAUGGUACUUUUUUUGUUGUUUUUAGCAAAUUGUAGUUUUAUGGCGACAUAAAUAUCUGUAUAAAAUAUUGGAUGCCUGCCUCUUUAACCAAAAAAAAAAUAAUUAAAAAUCGGUAUUUUUAUAUCAAACUAAUAAUGCUGUUGUUGAAUUCGAAAUUUGUCUAAAUUGCCUAAUAUUUUUAUACAGAUAAAAUUCGCAAUGUUUUAUACAUAGAAAAAAUAUAUCUAUAUAUUAUACAUUCAUAAGUACAAUCAUGAUAGUUUGGUUUAAUUAUUCUAAUAGAGGUAAAGUGGACCCCUCUAAUAUAUUGUUGCAAUUUCUUCAUUUGAUAGAAUCGGUGCUCUUUAUUUUAUCAAAAUCACUUUAUUUGCAAUAUAUUUUUUAAUAUACUUGGUGCUUAUAAUAUUGAGUUGAUUCAGUCAAAUCUUAUAAAUCGAUUUAUUAUAGACAGUAACGUUUCUUUUUUAAGUAAUAAAUGUUGUCUAAAAUGAUUUAGUUUAGUAAACGCUUUUUUACUGGAUAUGCCUAUGCAAUUUACGUUUUAUGUUUUUUUCUGUAUGCACCUGUGAUGCUUUUAAAAUUUUACAAACAUUUGACUGCUCUAUAAGGUAUUGUCUGCGAUAAUUUUUAUUAUAAUACUAAUUUCCAUUAACAAUUUAGUUGUGUAUAUUUUAGAAUUUGAUUCUUCACUAUUUAUGUUAUUUUUACCUAAAAAUAUAUUAUUAAUUAAAAUUAUUAGCUAUUAUUAUUAUUAUUAUUAUUAUUAUUAAAUCAUCAGCUUCUCUUUAUCUGAGGUUGAUUUAUAAGUUAUAUAAAGGUUGUGUUAUUAUAAUAAUUUAUAAAUUAGAAUUGUUAAGGGGUUUCUACAAACAAUGUAGUUAUUCCUAUGUAUACUGUCUUCAUUAAUUGUCUGUGUUGUUAUGUUAUUAUAUUCAUAAUUUUUUCAUUAAUUACCAAGAUGACAAGAAAAUUUUAAUUUCUGUAUUUACCACCCUUUGUCUACUGCCUUGUUUUAUCUGGAUAUCAAGAAAAAGUCUGUGUAGAUCUUAAGAAUAAAAACAAUAACAACAAAGUAGAUGAGGGUGUCAAAAACGGAAAGUACAACUUUGGAAAAGCCUUGUUGUAUUUGUUACAAGGUGUUAGCAUUUUAUAGUCAAUGAUCUCGUUAGCCAAUCGUUCACAUAUAGUGUAAAAAAACAAUUGUGCACCUCACUGUUCUUUGAGCACAUAUUUACAUUUGAUGUAUAUAAACUACUUAUAAGUACUAUUUGUACGGUUAUAUUCUAUUUUAUUUAAAAACGAUAAAAAAUACAUUAUAAAGAUCACAUACAAUCACAAUAAAUGUAAUUAUGUUCAGUG